UGAAAGUAAUGCAAACCAGGAAAGAUUUCAGACAUUUGAGCACGAGGCUGUAUACCGUUGGAAUCAUGAAAAACUUCGACAUCUUUCCUCAGAGAGAAAUCACUGAAGCUCUCACUGUGCCACACAGAUCAUUGAAGUUGAAGCAGAAGACACCGAAGUACUGAAACAUGGCUUCUACAACACAGUCAGCUUUAGAGUACGUCAGGGGGGCCAGAACCCACCUUGUGAAAACAUUAAAGAAUCUGUCAGUGAUUCUAGAGAACUUGAAACAGCAAGGAGUGUUACGCGAUGAAGAGGUCAGCAGAAUACAAGCAGAAGGGAAUGACUAUGAUAAAAACAGAAAUCUUCUAGACUCUGUAACCAAAAAGGGGGAAGCAGCCAGCUAUGAAUUCCUCAAAAUUAUUGACAUAACGAGGAAGAGGACCCAUGGGAGGACAUCUCUUCUCCCUGAGAAACAGAUGUUUGACCUGCACCACUGGAUCAGCUGCUUCCCUUUCAAGGAAGACACACAAGUGGGAAACAACUACCUACAAGCCCCAACACCGUGCCACCGUUACCAGGCAAAGUUGAAGUCAAAAGCACAAAAAAUAUCAAAAGAGUUUUGGACGGCAAACAAAGAUCUGUUUGAAGAAAACAGCAAGCCUGAUCUGUCGUACAUGUCACUUGUAUUGGACACACAAGGAAGUGUUUCUCCCUCUAAAAUAAAGAAAUGUAAGAACAAGAAAAGCAGGAUGAGCCGUUGUAAAAAGCUAGGGACCUACAUCCCUAAGGACAAAGCAGACAGUUCUCCCAGUGACCUGCUUAAAACAGAUAAAAACAUACUCUUGGUUGGUAAGUCUGGGAUUGGAAAGACAGCACUCACUCAUGAAAUGUUAAAACUCUGGACAGAAAAAGAUGACAAGGAGCUAAACUACAUGUUUUACUUUGACAUGAGAAAAAUAUCCAACAUCAAGAGCCUGGAGGACCUUCUUUUCAAUGAGUUCAGUGAGCCAGAUGAAGGCAACGACGAGGUCUUACAGGACAUAAAGAAUAACUCUGACAAUGUUACACUCAUUUUUGAUGGAAUCACAGAUCUGUCUUUACCAGUAGUGCAGAAACUUGUAAAGAAAGAUUUGCUAAAGGACUCCAAGGUCGUUGUGACUUGCAGACCAGCUGAUGAAGACCACCUUCUGUCCGAAGACUUUCUCAGAGUGGAAGUGAAAGGCUUUAGUGAGCAGACCAUAAAAACAUUCAUAUCUAGGAUGCUACGUGAACGAAAGGAGAGGGUGUUGAGCAACUUGGAGUUGUUUACGCUUUGCCAUGUACCGAUGUACGCACUGAUGGUGGCUGCAUGCUUUACAUUUGAGACAUCAGAGGACUUUCAAAAGCCUUGCUGCAUAACUGAUAUCUACAUCAACAUUUUCCGUUUUUGCCUUGAAAGAAACAGCAACACAAAAUACAUUCAUCUAGAUGCCUUCAUCGAAAGCAAGAGUCAGGAGAUACUGUCUUUGGCUGAGGUUGCUUUUCGUGCAACUGAAGGAAAAACGGUGAACUUGACACUACGUCCCUUUAGAGACAGCUGUGUCCUCUCCUUGCUCAAACAACUUGUUAUCAAAGUCGCCCCUACUGAGAGAAUAACCACCUAUGCAUUUCUCCAUUACACAAUGCAGGAGUUUUUUGCAGCACUCUGGCUCUUGAAGAAUCCAGAUUUAAUCAGUAAUGUUUUUCAGCAGUGCCUCACUGAGGAGAAGAAACACAUGAAACAUCUGAUCCCUUACAUGUGUAGAUUGUUGACUGAGAAGAGCCCUAGUUUGAUGGAGUAUCUGAUUCCUGCUGAGGAGCUCAAGAAUACAUCAAACUGGUUCUUCAAGAAAGUGAUAUCCACAUUCCUUCCUAGCCUGUGUGGAAACGAUGAUCCUGAUACUGAGGACAGUGGGCGCAUACUGUUCCUAUGCCAGUGCUUGUAUGAGUCCCAGUGUCCUGAAGCAUGCAUCGACCUUCUGGAACAACUGGACUUCCAUCUUGAUCUCAGUGAAGAGAGUCUCGAUCCUUACCCCUGCUGUGCUGUGGCCUAUGUGAUCACUCAGUCUAAGGAGAGGAAAAUAUGGCUGAACCUUGAGGACGUCACGAUGUCACAACAAGGAAUGAGACCACUAUUAGGAUGCCUUCCAAAUGUCCAAUGGUGUGAUUCUCUGCCACUGCAGCUGUGGGAGAUCUUCCUUCUCAGCGAAGGGGAGAUGGACUACAUCACCUUGCUUGGCCUUGAUGGAAAUCAGUUGCACCUUCCAGUGGAGGGGGGCAGAAAGCUGUUUGAAAGAGCAGUGACAGUCCUGCAGAAGAUAAGUAAGAAGGUUAAAAUCUGCCUCCACUGGGAGAGGGAGAAGCCUGACUGCCACAGUCUGUGUGAGACUCUGCUAGAGGCUCUGCCAUACGUCAGCUCACUCAGCUUCAGGAGGACCUACAGAGGUCCAGGAUUACAGGACCAGGAGCGAUGCUAUGAGACACUGAAGAGACAAGAAAAGCAGCUGUUUCUGGAUUUAUGUCUGAGAGCAGCCAAUCACAUUCAAGGAGAAAGCGUUCACAAUGAAGUGAACGACCUCAUCUCUCUGUUUUCUUUUAACACUGAUGUGCAUAACAUCCUUCUGGAUUUUUAUCAACAUGUCAAAACUCAAGAGAGUUCAGUUGUCAUUGAAAAACUGAAGCCAUUUUUCCAGUCAGCUCCUGCAGUCUGGAUCAUAGACCUCUCAGAGAGAAAGAGCUCCAUCCUGCUGGAAGUGCUGAGACUCCAACCAGAGAAGAAACAAGUGGAGCUGAGAGGCUGCUCAGAGGAAGAGAGUGAAGUGAGGACUUUGCUGCAGUGUCUGCCUCAUAUCUCACAGCUCAGUUUUGUGCCUCAGUUAUCAGAACCUUCAGGUGAACUCCGGUUCUUUGGGACUCUGUUCUGUGCAGCAGCAGAGAGAGAGCAGCAGACAGGAGAGAAGCUACUGCAGCUGCUGUUAUCAGUGUGCACAUAUCAAACAACAGCUUUAACCGACAUUGUUUCUUAUUAUUUUAAGAGAGACCCUCAGUGUGAUUUCCUGCUGGAUCUGUACUCCCACCUGAAGGACUGUGAGACUAAAUCAGGUCUGAGUGUCCUUCCAUCAUUACAGUCAGUUCUCCAGUCAGCUCCUGAAGUCUGGAUCAUAGACCUCUCAAAGAGAAAGAGCUCCAUCCUGCUGGAAGUGCUGAGACUCCAACCAGAGAAGAAACAAGUGGAGCUGAGAGGCUGCUCAGAGGAAGAGAGUGAAGUGAGGACUUUGCUGCAGUGUCUGCCUCAUAUCUCACAGAUCAGUUUCUGUUUUGAUUUCUCACGUGGAGUCAAGUUCUUUGGGACUCUGUUCUGUGCAGCAGCAGAGAGAGAGCAGCAGACAGGAGAGAAGACACUGCAGCUGUUAUCAUCAGUGUGCACAUAUCCAUCAUUCCCUCUUACUCACAUAGAUGAUGAAGAUGAUGAAGAAUUUCAGUGUGAUUUCCUGCUGGAUCUGGCCUCCCACCUGAAGGACUAUGAGACUAAAUCAGGUCUGAGUGUCCUUCCAUCAUUACAGUCAGUUCUCCAGUCAGCUCCUGCAGUCUGGAUCAUAGACCUCUCAAAGAGAAAGAGCUCCAUCCUGCUGGAAGUGCUGAGACUCCAACCAGAGAAGAAACAAGUGAAGCUGAUAGACUGCUCAGAGGAAGAGAGUGAAGUGAGGACUUUGCUGCAGUGUCUGCCUCAUAUCUCACAGCUCAGCUGUGGUCCAGAGUUCUUCCAGAGAGUGUGUGCGUUCAUCUCUGUCAGAUCCAGAGAGGAGACUGAGCAGUCGGCCGCUCUCCUAAGAAUGCCAGGGAUCACCCUGCUGCUAUCAGGAGAGUUACUCAGGGAAACCUGCCUGUCUGUGGGGAGAGUUCUCCAGCUGUGUGGCGCUAAUGUGGAUCUCAUCCUCAAACCCAGAAAGAUGUCUGAUAAGGAAGCCUUUGCUCUCUUCAGACGAACAACGCAACUACACAGUCUCAAGCUUUCUAACGACAUGGCCUUGCUGCUGGGUGGCUGGGUGAGGAGAUGGGGAGUGGGCUGUCAGGUGACUGUUGAAGAGCUUUCUCUCUGCCCUCAGACCGCCCAACCAUCACACAGAGUGUUGUUGAAGGUUGUCAGUAGCUUGGCUUCCCUGCUGAGAUACUGGGCAGUGAGACAGUUGGACCUGACUGAGGUCUGUGUUCCUGCUCUGGGUCUCACACCACUGCUGCUCCACGAUGGCCCUCUCAACAUCAAACUGAGUGAGAAGAAUGUCCAGCAGCUACUCUCCCUGCUCCAUGAACUCCAGGACCAGGACUUGACCUGGUCCUUCUUGAGUAAGUUUGGAGGAGACCUGACCUCCUUCUCUCUGAACUGGGAGCUUCUCCACCUUCUACUGCAGCAUCCAUCAGCUCAGACCCUCACUGUGAACAUGAGGAAGAACCUUUUCUUACAGGAGAACAUCACACGUCUGCUUCCCUACCUGGACAGGAUUGUGUUUAAAAGGCCCUCUCCCAGCUUUGUGUUGACUGCUAUCAGGGAGAUUUACAAAGCUCGAGCCAGUUUCAUUAUACCCAGUUUACUGAGGUCCUUGGGUCAUGUGAUCAACCUGACCUGCAGAGAGAUGUCACCAAUGGACUGUGUCGCUCUGCUCUACACCCUCGCACACAGUGAUGGAGUCAAACUGAACCUCCUGUGGACCUCCAUACCACCAUGGAAAAUAGAGUCCAUCCUCUUGAACCUGGACAAAGUUUCUCAACUCAGUGUUGACAGGAACCUGCUGCUGAGGUUGGUUCACGGCUGCACUGCCUCUGGUGCCCAGCAGGGGGCCGCAGAGUCUCUGCUCAGGACUGUGCAGCACAGGCUGGAUCUGUCCUGCUCCUCCUGUGUGGAGCUGCCAGAGGAAGAUCAGAGUGACACUCUCCGUCUAACGGCUGAAGACUGCAGGGCCGUCUCCACCAUCCUGAGACGCAGCAGACGGGACACACAGCUCAUCCUGCAGGAAUGUGAGUUUCAGGACAGCGGAUUAGACCUGCUGUUUCCUGUCUUACACAAAGUUCAACUCAGAGCCAGUAAAGCUGUCCUCCUGCAGCUGGUGUCCCUGGUUCCUGUGAACAGUGAGUGGGACACAGUGGGACGGGCAGUGUCCCUCUGCAAAGCCCUGGAGGGAGAGCUGGACCUCAGCCACAGCUCACUGGAUCAGAGGGCCUGUGCAGCCUUGGCCCUGAUUCUGGACUCCUCUGAAGAGCUGACAGAGCUGGACCUCAGUCACUGUCAGCUCACUGACCAGCUGCUGCUCACACUCAGCGCGCAGCUGCACAAAGUACAAGUCCUCGAUCUGAGCCACAACAACAUCACUGAUGCUUCGACUGACCUCUUACUCCAACUGGUCUCCAUCAACCCCUCCAUUCACACUGUGCGGGUUCCGUCUGCUCCGUUUCCUGUCCGGCCGACACCGGUUCCUGUACCACCGGGGGUCCGCCAUCUCCAGCUCCCAGUGCUCCCGAUCCCUGUGCUCCUGCUCCGGCGAUCCAGCUGACCCCGGAGGGGCCCCAUCGCGGCCUACGCCGUCUCCCUGCCCGUCCUCCGGAGCUGUCCCGGUACUGCCUUCCUGCCCGUCCUCUGGAGCUGUCCCGUCGCCACCUUCUUGCCCGCCUUCGAGCCCGGCCCCCUGACUUUCCCCAGCCGAUGCCUUCGCCCUCGAGCCCGGCCCCCUGAAUUUCCCAGCCGCUGCCUUCACCCUCGAGUCCGGCCCCCUAAUUUACCCCGACGAGGCCUUCACCCCUGUCUUCGGCCCCCUGAGUUUCCCCGCCGCGGACUUCCCUGCUCUGUUGCUGUUCCCCCGGGCCGUCCGCACGAGUCCCCCUUCUUGGCCUCUACCUUGCCCCUGGGCCCCCUUUCUCGGCUUCUGCUUUGCCCGGGAUGUCCGUCCGAGUCCCUCCUCCGGUCCCCCUCCACCCACCCUGUUGGAUGUUUUGGACUUUGUUUUUUUUUAGGG